AUGGAAUAUGGAUUUAAUAAUUUGGUUGAAACUUUAAACAUGAGCAUAAAAGAUUUUUCAUAGAAUGAUAUUACAAAUAUGGUAUGCUUUCCAAAGAAAUCCUUAAAACCAUUUAAAUAUGAACUUAUUAAUUCUGUAUUAGAAUAAUAAGGGGCAUUUGCUUUUUCAUUUAGUCAACAAUCUUAAUUUCUGGUUGGUGGGUAUAACUCAGGUAUUAUUUGAAUUUUUGAAUUUAACAAAGGAUAAGUUAGGCUUAUAUAACAAUUAUAAGAGACCAAAACUCCAGUAUGUUGUGUUAGCUUUAUGAAUAAAUCUACACAAUUCAUAUCACGAGGAGAUUCUUAUACAAUCAUAUUAUGGUAAUAAGAUAGUAAGAAUGGAUGGAUAUGUAAGUAGAAAUUAUAAGGACAUAGUAGUUUUAUAAAUUGCCUAAGGAUAAAUCAAGAAGAUGAUUUAAUCAUCUCAGGAAGCAGUGAUAAAUCAAUUAAAUUGUGGAGGAUCAAAAAUGAAUAAUGGCAAUGUUCUCAAACAAUUAAUUGUAACUAAAAUAAGAUUUUAAGUCUAUGUAUUAAUGAUUCAUCUAAUUAAAUUAUUUCUUGCAGUUCUGAAAAUCAAAUUAUUAUAAUCUAAUAAUAGUGUGAUUUAGAAUGGAAAAUCAUAUAAAUUAUAUAACUAGAUACUUCAGGAUUUAGAUUGUGCUACAUAAAUGAUGAUAUAUUUGUAUUUUAAGGUAAUUCAAAAGAAAAAAUGAAUGUUUAUGAAAGAGACAUAUAAAAUAACUAAUUUAAAUUAACAAAGGAGGUUAAUGUAAGAAGCAGUAGAAAUUGUUAAAAUUAUUUUCCAUAAUAAUUCAUAAAAAAAAAAUCAAUUUUGGUGAAUAAAAAUGGAAGAUUUAUUAAUUUACUAAGAAUUAACUGUAAUGGUGAUUUUAUUAAUGAAUAGGUUUUAGAAUUUGACCACAAGUUUAUAUUUGGAUCAAUGACUGAGGAUGGAGAAUAUUUAGUAAUCUAUGAUGAUUAAGAAAAGAAAGUCUAAAUGAGAAAAUAUUAGGAUUGA